AUGGCAAGAACUGUGGCAAGGACUCUGGCAGCACCGCUUCUGCUGAUCAACCUGAUCAUGUAUUUCAUAGUCUUGGGCUUUUCGAGCUGGUGUUUGAAUAGGUACAUCAAUGGCCAAACCGCUCAUCCGAGCAUGGGAGGAAAUGGGGCAACUGGGUUGUUCUUGACGUUUGCGAUUUUGGCCGCUGUUCUCGGGAUAGUGUCCAAGAUCGCCGGCGGCAACCACCUCAGGGCGUGGAGGAACGAUAGCCUUGCGGCUGCCGGAUCGUCUUCCGUAGUUGCGUGGGCCGUCACAGCGCUUGCUUUCGGUUUGGCUUGCAAGGAAAUAAACAUAGGAGGAUGGAGAGGGUGGCGUUUGAGGGUGCUCGAGGCUUUCGUCAUAAUACUCGGUUUCACCCAGCUGCUGUACGUGCUGCUGCUGCAUGCCGGGUUUUUCAGCAGCAGGUAUGGGCCCGGGUACAGGGACCCAGAUUACGGCAUUGGCGCGCCAGGGACCGAGGCGCGCCCUAAAGCUGGGGUCACAGGGACAGCGGUGUGA